AUGGCAUCUUUCUCACAAUCUGCUUUCAAGGGCAAAACGUCGCCAGUCGAUGGAGCUGUUAAGCAUUACUGCAAGCGUUAUUGCAGUUCUACAAGCCACGGAAGCGGUGAUCUCCGUCUGUUGCGAUUACCGAUCUUCCAUCAAGGCUCUAGCUGGGAGGUCCCACGAGUAUUGGAAGAAGCCCGCGGCCUUCGAAAUGUCCUACGGAACCUCGAGGAGCUCGCAGACAAGGCCGAAACACCGGGCUCGACUGACGUAUCUUGCCUGCCAGCCUUGAAAUCACUAUCCGAUCCAAACACGGGAAGUCUAAGCAAAUGCUGUACUGAGAUGGUAAAAUUGAAGAAGAAGCUCACCCCGUCAGGAUGGAGUGGUCCCGCUGGCUCGAAGCGGAGAGGAUUGGUAGAGGUAUUUCGUUGGCCGUUGAAGGAGGAAAAUACGGACAAGGUCCUUGUUAGCAUCGGCAGUUUCAAGAGCCCAAUUAACCUAGCUAUUGCAGCGGACCAGACGUAG